GAUAAGGGUUUUUAAAGGCUCCACAAAGGCGGUAGUCCAGCUCCAAGCUUACCACCGGUCUGCGCUGGAAUCCUCUAGGACCAUGUGGCUCCUGAUUCUGUGCCUCACCCUGACACUGGGGGGAACUGGUGCUGCACCCCCUAUCGUGUCUCGGAUCAUCGGAGGCUCAGAGUGUGAAAGAAACUCCCAGCCCUGGCAGGUGGCGGUGUACCAUUUUACCAGCAUUCAGUGUGGGGGCGUCCUGUUGAACCCCCAGUGGGUGUUGACGGCUGCCCAUUGCCUCAGCAACAAUUACCAGGUCUGGCUGGGUCGCCACAACCUGUUUGAUGAUGAAGAAGAAGUUCAGUAUGCCCAGAUCAGCAAGAGCUUCCCGCACCCAUCCUUCAACCUGAGCCUCCUGAAGAACCAUACCCGCCACCCGGAGGAGGACUACAGCCACGACCUGAUGCUCCUCCGCCUGACAGAGCCCGUGGAGAUCACAGCUGCUGUGCAGCCUGUGGUGAUGCCCACCAAGGAAGCAACGAUAGGCACAACCUGUGUUGCUUCUGGAUGGGGCAGCAUCAAACCACAAAAGUUCGUGUUCCCAGAUGACCUCCAGUGUGUGGAGCUGGAGCUCCUGCCGAAUGAAGUGUGCGCGAAAGCACAUCCCCAGAAGGUGACCGAGUUCAUGCUGUGUGCAGGACACUUGGAGGGUGGCAGAGACACCUGUGUGGGAGACUCCGGAGGCCCGCUGAUCUGUGAUGGGGAGCUGCAAGGCAUCACCUCCUGGGGCCACAUCCCAUGUGGAGCCCCUAAUAAGCCUGGCGUCUUCGUUGACAUUUUCAAGUAUAAGCAAUGGAUAGCGGACACUAUAGCCAACAACUCCUGAACCCUUCCUUCUCCCCACUCCCAGUAAAGCCAAAUACGCAUCACA